AUGAUAAAGCGAAUCAUGGGCAGCAUCCGAGUAAACAGGUACAGUAUUGUCUCCACUGAAGAGGACGGGCACAAGGUCUCUUCGCUUGGCAGCCUCAACGGGCACAGUCGGAACGGGAAAGGCCACGCUCCGCGACGGAAACGCCGCAACCGCUUUGUGAAAAAGAAUGGCCAGUGCAAUGUCUACUUCGCCAACCUAAGCAACAAGUCUCAGCGUUACAUGGCUGACAUCUUUACUACCUGCGUGGACACCCGUUGGCGCUACAUGCUCAUGAUCUUCUCAGCAGCCUUCUUGGUCUCCUGGCUGUUCUUUGGCCUGCUCUUCUGGAUCAUUGCUUUCUUUCACGGUGACUUAGAUGCCUCCAGUGCCGGAAGCGGCUCCAGCGCUUCAAAAUUCUGCAUCAAGCACGUCAAUGGAUUCUUAGGAGCUUUCCUCUUUUCAGUAGAAACACAGACCACCAUUGGGUAUGGCUUCCGAUAUGUGACUGAGGAAUGCCCACUGGCCAUCAUGGUGGUAGUGGUACAAUCCAUUGUGGGCUGCGUUAUUGACUCUUUCAUGAUUGGCACCAUCAUGGCCAAGAUGGCACGCCCCAAGAAACGAGCCCAGACCCUCCUUUUCAGCCACCAUGCUGUCAUCUCUCUACGGGAUGGCAAGCUCUGCCUCAUGUGGCGGGUGGGCAAUUUGAGGAGGAGCCAUAUUGUGGAAGCUCAUGUCCGGGCCCAGCUCAUCAAGCCCUACAUGACGGCAGAAGGUGAGUAUCUUCCAUUGGACCAGCGGGAUCUGAAUGUAGGCUAUGACAUAGGCCUUGACCGCAUCUUCUUGGUGUCUCCCAUUAUUAUUGUCCAUGAGAUCGAUGAAGAAAGUCCUCUCUAUGGGAUGGGUAAGGAAGAGCUGGAGAGGGAGGACUUUGAGAUUGUUGUCAUCCUUGAGGGCAUGGUGGAAGCUACAGCCAUGACCACGCAGGCUCGCAGCUCCUACCUGGCUAGCGAGAUCCUUUGGGGCCACCGUUUCGAGCCUGUUGUCUUUGAGGAGAAGAAACAUUAUAAGGUGGACUAUUCACGCUUCCACAAGACCUACGAGGUGGCAGGGACCCCUUGCUGCUCUGCUCGGCAGCUUCAGGAGAGCAAGAUCACCAUCCUGCCUUCACCUCCGCCACCCCCCAGUGCCUUCUGCUAUGAGAACGAGCUGGCUCUUGUCAGUCAGGAUGAAGAUGAGGAGGAUGACUUGGAUGUAGGAGUAGAUUUGGGAGGAGGCACGAAGGAGGAUGCAGGAGUCAUACCUAUGAUGGAAUUUGGGAGCCAUAUGGAUCUCGAUCGGUUGCAGGUCUCCAUUCCCCUGGACGCACUCUCAUACCGUAGGGAAUCCGCCAUCUAAUCUCCAACCUAGCUACCCUUCCCACAUUUAUUCUCCAAUGUCUCCAUAUCCCAUUAGCACCAGUGCUUGACUGGAAA